AUGACCACAGAAAUUCCUGCUGAUACCGAAGAAGCUGAUGUUGUCCCUGAUUCACAGUCGCUGUCGCUCUCCUCGUUUUCUGAAAAUGCUGAUUUUUUGUCUUUGGACAUCGAACAAUUGACUCCAGAUAGUACCAGUGGCGACCCGGAAAUUGUUGAGAGUCAGCGCACCAUCCCUGAAAGUCAGAUCGUAAUACUUUACUUUCAAGUGAUUUUUCAUUUCCUGAAGAUCAGCCAGUCCGGUUCGUCGAAAAGAGUAUCAGUCAGACGUCGUUUGCGAUGUGAGAAGUAUAAAACAUCAUCACUUGACAGUUUCACGGACGAAAUUCCGGCUGCACCUUGUCAGCCGUUGAACGUUUCAGAGAUCGAUAUACCUGAUACAUUGCAAUCCUUGGAAUUAGCGACUUUGAACAACUGUCAGACGCUGAAAUUUUACUACCUGGACUUGUAUGAAGACUGCUACAAGCAUCCAGGUGUCGUACACUUGUUUGGAAAAGUUAACAACAGUCAAACGGACAGUUGGUUUAGCUGCUGCGUUACGAUAAAAAAUAUUGAAAGACGUAUUUGGAUUUUGCCUCGAGAACAGGAUCAAGCCACUGGUAGUUUGGUUACUUUUCAGCAGGUCUACGACGAAAUUUGUCAGUUGAUGGAUCGGCAGCGUAUCCGUGAAUUUCGCGUUAAGAAGGUGGAAAAAAGGUUCUGGCGUCGCGAAAAGGAUAAACCCUUAGAAGGCGAAUAUCUAGAGCUGCGCUAUCCAUUUUCUAAUUCGGCUCUUCCACCAGAAACUGUUGGGCGAACUUUCAGCAAAAUAUACGGAUAUUCCUCCACGGCGCAAGAACUUUUUCUCCUCGAAAACUCGAUCAAAGGCCCGCGUUUUCUCGAGAUCAUCAAUCCCGGCGACGUGAACGUGCUAAUCGGCAGAGACAAUUCCAAUUGGCAUCAUGUGAUGGGCCAAAAUGGCUGUAGAACGGUGAAUGACAACAAUCGGCAGCUGUUUUGGCCUUUGUUCCACGUACGACCUCGUGCCAUCUGGAAAGAGAAUCCAGAUAUACCGCUGAACGGUUCUGUGAGAAGCAAAAAGUGGCCGCAGGUGCAUCGGCAGCUAACAUCGCUCCCUGAAACCGCUGCUGGAGGUGGACUUAACUGCGACGAGGCCUCGACAACGGUUGAAAUUGUUCCCAACGAACGGUCGCUGCUCAAUUGCUUUUUGAUGAAGAUUCGAAAAUUUGACCCUGACAUUGUCAUCGCUCACGAUUUGAUCAGCUACGAAAUACCGAACCUGCUUCAUAGAAUGCGCAGUACGAAGGUUCUCAACUGGUUUUGUUUCGGUCGCCUGAAGAACACAGGGCAGAUUCCAGCAUCUUCCCACUUUAAAGCAGUGAUUCAUGAGGUUACUGCUGGCCGUCUUUACUGCGACACGAAGAUUAUGGCGAAGGAGUUUAUGCAUGCUAAGGGUUACACGCUACAACAGAUCGCUGGACAGUUGCUUUACGAAAGUGAAUGGAAUACAGAAAAUGUGCAGGACUGCUACAAAACGUCUGAUGCACUGUUGGAUUUGACCAAAAUGGUGGUGUUCGAGGCGUCGUUGGUAUGGCGCAUUUGCAAGAAACUUGCCUGUCUCUCGCUGACUGCCGAAAUUGCUCGCAUUGUGGGCGGAGUUUGGUCGAAUACACUUUUGGGUGGUCGAUCAGAACGAAGUGAAUUCUUAUUGCUGCAUGCGUUUAAUGAGCAGAACUUCAUCUAUCCCGACAAAUGCCCCAGUAGGAAGAAUAAACAGAAUGACGAUGCUAACGCUGAAGAAGUUUAUUCGAUGAAGAAAAAAGCCGCAUAUUCCGGUGGGUUGGUGCUCGAGCCCAAAAGAGGCUUAUACGACCGGAUCAUUCUGCUGUUAGAUUUCAACAGUUUGUAUCCGUCAAUUAUUCAAGAGUUCAAUAUCUGCUUUACUACAGUCCCGCUUCAAAACGGCGUUGAUACAUCGACUGAAAACGAAAAUGAAAUACCGGAUAUAUCUUCGGUGUCCAAAGACUUAGGCAUUCUUCCCGUCGAAAUCCAUAAACUUGUGCAGUCUCGUAAGCAGGUUAAAAGCUUGAUGAACGGCAAAAACGUCCCCGCUGACGUCAUGCAACAGUAUAACAUUAGACAGCAAGCAUUAAAGAUUACGGCCAAUAGCAUAUAUGGAUGUCUAGGAUUCACGGCAUCUCGCUUCUAUGCAAAAUCGUUGGCAGCACUCAUUACCUCCAAAGGUCGAGAGAUUCUGAUUGAUACCAGAACUCUGGUCGAAAAGUUGGGAUAUGAUGUGAUCUACGGAGAUACCGAUUCAAUUAUGAUCAACUCGAAUCAGUAUCAUUUCGAAGUGGCGCUAGAUCUAGGAAGGAAGAUUAAACAAGAAGUGAACAAACGUUACAAGCUGCUUGAGCUUGAUAUCGACGGCAUUUACAAAAAACUAUUGCUUCUUAAAAAGAAAAAAUACGCGGGUUUGGCGGCGUCGCGAUUGCCUGAUGGAACCUGGGUCGAACGUAAAGAGGUCAAAGGCCUUGAUAUCGUCCGACGAGAUUGCUACGUUUUGGAUCUAAUAAUGAGUGAACAACCUUUGGACGAUAUCGUGAACAAAAUUCAUGCGUAUCUGACUCAACUAGCAGUCGACAUUAAAGAAAAUAGAUUGCCGCUGGAAAAAUAUGAGAUCUACAAGCAACUGACUAGACGGCCACAGGAUUAUGCCGACUCUAAAUCUCAACCUCACGUUGUAGUCGCAUUACGCAUGAACAGCAGAGGACAUCAUUUUCAGGCUGGUGAUAUAGUGAAGUACAUCAUCUGCGAGGAUUCGACGAAUAACCCUGCCACGCAGAGAGCGUACUAUCGUAGCGAGUUCGACGAUAAUCCGAAGUUGAAAAUUGAUGUCAUUUAUUACUUAAGUCAGCAAAUUCACCCGGUAGUAUCUCGACUGUGCGAUCCUAUCGACGAGACAGACGCCGGAUGGCUUUCUUGUGACGAAAUCGCUUGCAACUAUCGCUGUCGAACACUGCCGGUUCGUUUCGACUUCAAAGGUCGACCGCACUGUCCGAAAUGUGAACAGGGUACUUUGAUUCUAGAGUAUUCCCAGCAAGCACUGUACUUGCAGCUACGCUACUUGCAGCAUAUUUUCGACGUUUCGGCGGCAACCUCUAAACUUUCCGAAAAAGACCGCGGUAAGUCAGGGGCAAACGGCAUCGAUCAGUUUUUUAAAUUUAAACUCUUUCAGCAGCUGUCCUUGCUGAGGAAGAUUGUCUUCACCUAUACGCAUCCCUUAAACACUGUGUAGAU